GUUUAGGGAAAGCGUGUCUUUUUGCCUCCUCAGAGUCUCUCUCAUUUUGAAGAUAAUCGUUUUCUCUGAAGCUUGAUUUCGAAUCUGUUCGCUCUCAAUCCUCCUCUCCAUUUCAAAUCUCGCGUCGCUCUCUGGAGUUUUAAGAGGAAUUGGGCAUUUGUUAAGCUCGAGAUCAAGUUGUUAUUACACUCUGGCCGCUUCUGCAAAGCCGCGUGCUUCUCGCACCUCUGCACAGGUGUGGGGUGGCCUUGAUGUGGUGACUUCACUCUCUCCUCUCCCCAGGGUUUCUCUCGCUUCAAUCAUUUGGAGGCUCCGUCGUGUCUCUCAGGGUCUCACCCUUGAUUACGGCUAACGUUACUUAACGCACACACAUCAAUCAACCUCCAGGAUAACUUUGAUCUUGUUGUUUAUAGUUGUCUUUUGAGUUGGAACAUUUUUUUUAGCUUUUUUUUUUUUUAUAGUUCUAGUGGGUUAUGUUGUAUAUGUUAUUGAGUUUGGCACAAUGGUAAGGUUUUUCUGCUUCAACUCCCGCAUCCCUCGCCAUAGACCUAAGGAAUCCGUGGAAGGGUUGUCAGAACGAGUGAUCAGAGAAGAUGGAUCUAACUCAAAAGGAUUGAGCUCUUCCAUUGGUGAAAGCAGCAAGCUAGCUGAUGACUCUACCGCUGCUAUUGAGCGUAUCUGGAAAUCUGAGGAGAUUAAACCUCCUCAAGAAACUGGGAAGCAUCAUCAUGUAUGUCAUCUCAAGAAAAGUCAGUCUCAUGGAGAUGAGCUCUACUUGGACGGGAGGGACGCUACGGAGAAUGGAACAGACGAUGGCACAGAUCGGGUUGGUUCUCCAAACUCUCUUGAACAGAGGGAGACUCUCGCGGCAGGAAUGAGCAGCAACAAGCGUUUAGAAAGAAGUCCUAAUGUGUAUCAGAAAGAUGCUCCAGGUUCGGUUUCUGCUUGCCAGGGCUCUGAUCAAGCGCUCUAUGGGUCCAUUUUCUCGGUUGGAGAUCUUCGUAAUGAUGAUAUCUCCUUAUACGGUGAACAGAUGGAGAACUCAAACAGCCAAACGCCUUAUGGUUCACCAUUGCUUGUGAGGUCGAACUCAAUGCCUAAUAUCGCAGACUCUGCUUCAGGGAAAUCUUCACCUCUCAAAUACUCUUCAAGAUCCUCAGAUGAUCUUUGUGCUCUUGGCAGACGCCAGAGAGAUAAUAAACCUGUCCACGAAACUGAUGCAAAAGCGAAGCGAAAUCAAGACUAUGAUGAUGAUGCAAAUGGUUAUUCUUCCAUGGCAAAAGAUUGGAUAGUACCAGCUACAGACGAGCUCAACUCAACAGAGUUUAUCAAAGGAGAAACAUCAAACCAGCAUGCAGGAUAUCCAGGAAAGGAUUCUAGAUUCAAGCGUAUUGAUGAUUGGGUCAAUGACCUUCAGCAUGUAAACUCCUCAGCGGAAGAAGCCGAUGAAAUAAACGAUGAUGAGUUUCAAAGAGAACCGGAGCUAACAACAGCUGCUUCUCCUAGUGUAGAUGUCAUGAGGCCAACUCCUGGAAUGGAGGCUGCGAAAAAGUAUUUCUCUUCUCUGAGUAGUGCUGCAACCACAGCUCAGCUGGUUAGCCGUGGCCUUGUUGUGAUACCACUCCUAAGCAAAUUCGUUGGUCUGAGAGUUCUCAAUCUCUCAGGAAAUGCAAUAGUUAAGAUAACCGCUGGUGCUUUUCCUCGAGGACUACAUGCAUUGAACUUGUCAAAGAACUGUAUCUCGGUGAUCGAGGGGCUGCGUGAACUCACUCGGCUUCGAGUGUUAGACCUGCGUUACAACAAGAUACUGAGACUUGGUCAUGGUUUGGCUUCUUGCUCCUCCCUGAAAGAACUAUACUUAGCUGGGAACAAGAUUAGCGAAAUCGAGGGUCUUCAUCGUCUCUUGAAGCUGGCCGUCUUGGAUCUACGCUUCAAUAAGUUUUCAACCACCAAAUGUCUCGGCCUGCUCGCUGCAAACUACAGUUCUCUCCAGGCUAUAAGCUUGGAAGGCAACCCUGCGCAGAAGAACGUUGGCGAUGAGCAACUGAGAAAGUAUCUUUUGGGGCUCUUGCCACAUUUGGUGUACUAUAACAGACAAGGCGCUAAAGACGCUAGGCUAGGGACAAGCACGCUUCAGUUGGAACGAGGUCUCAGAUCAGAGCUCAAAAACAACGGCAGGAAGAGUAGCCACGGUGCUUCGAGUACACACAAAGCUGGAUCAUCAUCCGCAGCUCGUAAAGCUUCUUCGGGUGUGCAGAAAAGAUCAUCAAAGGAGAGAAGCAGCAGCCGUCUUCCACCUGUGGGACACAAAGUAUCACCAGCUGCUUACGAGAACUAUUGCGCUGCGAGUGGUGAUAGGUUGGCUACUCUGAGAUCAGAGCUCUCUAUGCGUAGAACUCGUAGCGAAGGCAAUCUUGGACCUAUCUGAGAGGUAAUGAUGAAGAAGAUGGUUUUCUCUCUUCAAUAUCUUCUCUUUAUGUUUUACUUUGUUGUUGUGCAUUAAAAGUUACAUCAGAGAAGCUUUGUUUCUUUUUUCCAGCUUCUCAAUAAUGUCUGAAACUAAAAAACAUAUGUUAUACAUUCUUUUAAGCACAGUUUGAGAUAUUAUAGAUUGCAAA